AUGACGGCCGUGUACCCAGCUGGAGGGGGGGUCUCAGUGGCGGGGGGCUCUGCGUCGGACGCUCAGCGCUACGCCCGCUGGAGCCGGCAGGACAGCUCCGACAUCUGCACGGACGACGAGGGGGCCCAGCAGCGCCGUCUCACCCCCCUGGAGAAGCUGAACCUUGACAUGUGCCAGGACGACAAGGUGGUCCGCGAGCUGACGGUAGGACGGCGGAUCGGCUUCUACAAGGUGCGGGGUGAGAUCGGCUGCGGAAACUUUUCCCACGUCAAACUGGGAAUCCACGCUUUGACAAAAGAUAAAGUGGCCAUCAAGAUCCUAGACAAGACCAAGCUGGACCAGAAAACCCAAAGGCUGCUGUCUAGAGAAAUCUCCAGCAUGGAGCGUCUGCACCAUCCUAAUGUCAUCCGCCUCUAUGAGGUGGUGGAGACCCUGACCCGCCUACAUCUGGUGAUGGAGUAUGCUGGAGGUGGAGAACUCUACACCAAAAUCACCACAGAGGGAAAGCUCUCUGACAUUGACAGCAAGAUAGUCUUCUCUCAGGUCCUCUCUGCUGUCAAACACAUGCAUGACAACAACAUCAUCCACCGUGACCUGAAAGCGGAGAACGUCUUCUACACCUGUAGCACCUGUGUGAAGGUCGGCGAUUUCGGCUUCAGCACCGUCAGCCGCAGAGACGAAACCCUCAACACCUUCUGCGGCUCCCCCCCUUACGCUGCCCCUGAGCUCUUCCGUGACGAACAUUACGUUGGUGUGUACGUGGACAUCUGGGCGCUGGGCGUCAUGCUGUUCUUUAUGGUAACGGGCACCAUGCCCUUCCGCGCCGACACGGUGGCCAAGCUCAAACGCUGUAUCCUGGAGGGCGCCUACACGGUGCCGGCCUGGGUACCAGAGCCGUGCCAACGACUGAUCCGUGGCAUUCUGCAGCCCCAGGCCUCCGACCGCUGCAGUGUGGAGCAGAUGAUGGCUUGUGAGUGGCUAUCGCCUGUGGACUUCCCCCGUGCCAUGGAGCCUUUUAAACUGGACCCCCUCUACUUGGCAGAGGCCGGGCCUGGGGAGUUAGAGGAGGAUGAGUUGGAGGUGAGGGGUGCCCUGGAGGCAUUGGGCAUCACUGCUGAACAUAUCCGUAACAACCAGGGGAAAGACUGCCGCAGUUCCAUUACUGGAGUCUACCGCAUUCUGCUACACAGGGCCCAUAAACGUCGUGCCGUGGAGAGCAUGCCUGUCGUUACGCAUGUAGUUAACGCCACAGACGCUAAAAAGGACCGCUUACGGGCUUACCGCAGCCUAAGACAUACAUCCAAACUCUGCAUCAUUCUGUGA